AUGCUCGGGCUUCGCUUGCCAGCUACGAUGAAAUUGUUUGGUCGCUCGACGAAGACGCCACCUGAGAUGGCGAAAGGACUCAAAGAUGCUCUUCUUUUGAUUGAAGUCGACAAAGAGAAGGAUCGACGACGGGGAAUUGAAGAUGCCGGGAAACACCUGAUGGCAAUCAAAAUGAUGAUUCAAAGCAAUGAAGGACAGGAAUCUGCAAUUGAAAUGAACAGCCAACUGCUGACGGAGUUUAUGAAAGGAGAUAUCGCUCGACACAUUAUCAUCAACUUGAGCUUGCUCGAUUUUGAAAGCCGCAAGGAUGCAGUUCUGAUUAUCGGAUCGAUGUUACGCCGACAGCACGGAGUUCGCUGGCCCAUGGCCGAGCAUUUGGCCGAAUGUCCCGGAGUGUUCGAUCAUCUCGUUAACUGUUACGAAAGUAGUGAGCUGUGUUCGGCUGUUGGCACCAUCCUCCGUGACUCCAUUCGGCAUGAAAGACUUGCUAGCAUGUUGUUGGAGUCAAGGGGAUUCUGGAUGUUCUUCAAACUUGUGCAAGACGAACGUUUCGACAUUGCCGGGGAUUCGUUUUUGACGCUCAAAGAAUUGCUCACUCGACACAAGGCUCUCGUCUCCCACUUCAUCAACCAGAACUACGUUUGUUUCUUUGAGCAUCUCAAUGGACUCCUCGCUUCGGACAAUUAUGUGGCGAAGCGUCAAUCCAUCAGAUUACUCGGCGAGCUGCUUAUCAAUCGUCUCAAUUUCUCGGCGAUGAUCCGUUAUACGUCAAACAGUGAGAAUUUGAAGUUGGUGAUGAAUCUCCUUUCUGAGCAAUCACGAGCUAUUCAAUUUGAGGCCUUUCACGUGUUCAAAGUGUUCAUCGCUAAUCCUGAAAAGAAUCAAGCCAUUUUGGCAAUCUUAACUCGCAAUCGAGUCAAGCUGCUUGGAUUCCUACAGACUUUCUGCAAUGAAAGGGACAAAGAUGAUCAAUUCAACGAUGAGAAGGACUACAUGGCAGAAAAUGCUCCGGAAGAUGGAGAAUUUCUCGUCGACUGCGGUUUUGAACGACCCCCAAGUCCGAUGUGCGAUCCAACAAAGCAAAAGCCCGAAAUGUUGAGGAACGGGAAGAAAUUUUCUAAGAUCCAUCAUAUUCCAUUGGUCGGUGCUGCAAUUGUCGAAGUGAUUCACAUCGAGAGUCCGAGUUCUUUUUGGGUCCGGCCUUACAAUCAUAUCACUUCACAGCUGAUCUUGGAGGAGCCAACAAGUGAGCCGCUCAUUCAAUUCGCGAAGCACGAGUUCCCCAAUUUGCUGAAGCGCUACUGUAUGGCUCCAUUGGAAGAUCAAGUCAGUGAAGGCGAUCUCGCUGCUGAUGUCACUCAAAGGCGUUAUGGAAGAGCACGAGUCGUUGAGGCUGUUUCAAACGAGCUUGUGCGGGUAAUCUUUAUAGAUGAGGGACGACUGCAAUGGGUCAAUCCAAUCUGUUUGGCCGUGAUGCCAGAUAAUUUCUACUAUCAUCCUUGGCAAGCAAUGUACAUGUGUCUGGGUGGAGUUUCGCCAAUUGAUUCGUCUAUGACUGAAGCAAGACCUCGUUGGACUGAAAAACAUGAUGCGGCUUUUCGUGAAAUCAUUCGAGAGUUUGAACUGUUUAAGGUUGUGGCCAUCAAAAGCACAGUGUUGCACGACAAUUAUGCAAAGGCACAUCUUGUCGAUUUGUUCGGAUUGAAGAAUAAACAGCUGGAUCAAUGCGACAAAGUGGACGUCGAUAUUUUGGGACUCUUCGGAGCACACUGUUAUGGAUCGGUGGUUCAAAUGCCCGUCUUCAAUGCUGCAACCUACGUUAAGCCUGCACCCUUUCAAGUUUAUGAGAAACGAGAAGUAACCGAUCAACGCUAUGAAACUUUUCCGGACCAAUGGGAAGUGGAACAAACGGAUGAGGUGAUCGAGAAAAGGAAUCAAAUUGCUGGACAAAAUCUUGUUAAUUUCGACUACGAUGCUGAGGAUCCAAAGUUUCAAAUCGUUAAUAUGGAUUUGAAGUAUUUGCAAGACCACAAAUUUGUUAGCAGCGAUGGCACGGUGCUAUUUCACGUUUUUGGUGCUUACUUGCAAAACCCAUACGAGUUUUAUGGAAUUCCCUACAGAAAAAUGCGAGCGGUGGCCGAUGAUGUGAAUAACCGAGAAGUUGAACAACCUUUAACGAUGCGUGAAGCUAUGCUUGAAUUGACGAGCGAACGCAAGGAAUUCGGCGAUCAACUGGAUUUGUUUUAUCGAAAGAAGUUCAAUCGGAUUCCGAUGGACAGGCCAGAUGUGAACGGAAGAAAAAGAGUAAUGGAUUGGUUGGAACGUGGUAUCCGGGUCUACGGAAUUUGCAGCUGUAUCGGCAUGGAGAGACGCAAAAGAAAUGGUGUUUAUCAACGAGUUGAAAUCAUUUGCGCGGAUACUUCCGAUACGUACCGCCUCCGUUUUCUCGACACUGGUGGAAUCGUUGCACAAGUUUAUCACACCGAGGUCUAUCAAAUUAAUCCAAGACAUUGUCAGCGCCCUGCCAUUUGCAUGCAACUCUGCUGGCAUGGAGUUAAAGACAACGAUGCAGCGUAUGCAGCUAAAAGGGCUUUUCAAGUAAAGGUCAUUGCUGCAUUUAAGGAGAAUUUCUACUGUGAUGGACCAAUUCGUCUAACGCUUCGAGGCACACAUGAGCCUAGCAAAAAGGUAGUAUACAAGGGAGUAGUGCCAGUAGCACCACACGAUAUGUGGAAUGUGACCUGCUGUUCGAUAGUUGAGUUGGAUUCGUCCUUGACGCAAGAGAUGGCCGUGCAAGCAUUUGCUGUAAUCGCCUCAACUUCGGCGAAAUUCGCGAAAGCUCUCUUCACGACUCCGUUCACUUUCUACCUUGGUUAUACGACUUUUUGGCAGCUUCAUUACGUGCUUUUAUGUAUGUCUUACACAUUUCUCCUUCGAGAUCCGAAGCCAAAAUCCGAUCCAACUGGUGUGAAAGUGUCAAGUUUAAGCAAG